AUGGCAUUCGCACAAGGACACAUGGCAACUUCGGAGAAGAGAACCGGUACAUUAAUUGUUCUUUCGGAAAUAUCCGAAAUCACCCGAACAUCCGGCAAUUUUCAAUUUCCUCGUUCCCUGCUGGAUCAAGAGAACCGUACUGCUGCUGCCACCACUGCCAACCAGGCACUCAUUGCCCUUCUCGCCAGGUUGAAUCAGAUGGUUGAAGAGGUUCUCCGGUCCCGGUCAGAAGAUGAGAGGAUGAGGUUGAGCAGAGCCAUUGCAUCUCAAAUGAAUGAUGCCAUUCACUCCUACCGGACGACGGCUACCUACAUCCCCCUUCGCCUGCUCUCUAUGGCAGCUGAGAUUCAUAGAGCUCAGAGGGGUACCAUGCGAUUGGUUCAAGUACCGGAUUGGACUCGUGUUGGCAACAAUGAGGACAUUUGCCAAGGUCAUCUGUUAUACCCUAAGACAUUGGGUCCUGCUCCCACUCCACCAACCACUACCGCUGCACCAACACUGCUAUCUGGCCCUCCACCGGCACCAGUACCGGCACUUGCACCUGUAGCCAAACCUGCACCUGCACCUGCUCCUGUACCGGCACCUGUUCCUGUACCGGCACCUGCUCCUCAACCGGCACCUGCUCCUCAACUGGCACCUGCUCCUGUACCGGCACCUGCUCCUCCACCGGCACCUGCUCCACCAGCAUUUGCUCCACCGGUUCCGGCACUACUGGCUCCCAACACAAUCCGCAUUCCUGGCAAUACAUCUGGUGCCAUUGCAGGCCCAUCGAGACCACACAAACGACAAUUCAGCGUGAGUCCCCCACGUCAGGUCAAGAGGGCCCGGAAGGCUAUCCCCAAGUCGAAGCCACUGUUAACAGACAUGGACACUGACGGCGAUACAGUUCACAUUGGCAAAGAUAAGCCCAAGGCGAAGGGAAAAGGAAAGGGAAAGGCGAAGGCAAGGGCAAUGUCACCGGAUCGCGAUAACCGGCAAAUGAUGAUGGAAGAUGGCAAUCAUGAUCCGGAAGUCAUUAAUUUACCAACCAUUGUCAUUACCACUCGGCCAAUGCUGCCCCCUCCAGACCAGAAGAAGAAGGCCGCUGACUCGGAGGAAUACGAACCGGAGGAGGAGGAGGAGGAGGAGGCGGCGGAUGAAGACGAUGCAAUUGAGCCUUCUGGGACACGGGUCAAACCGGGCAAGGGACAAUUACCAUCCAAGUCCGGUACAGAUCGUACCAGAACAGCCAAGGACAAGGCAAAGACCAGGGGCAAGCGUCCACAGCCAAAACCCAUUGGUACGCCUCUCCUACCAUGCAGGAGAUGCACAAUUAUGAAGGCCAAAUGCGAAAGCUGGUUGACCAAAAGGGGCGAGGUCGCCCAUACUUGCAUUCUUUGCAGCAAGUGGAGGAUGAAAUGCAUCUGGCUGGAUGAUCCGGUCCUACUGGCCACAGCCAUCGUCACUCGCUCCAAGACGACCGGAAAAACCAAGACUGUUGGGCAGUCAAAAAACCAAGGCAAAGUCGUCCAAACUCAGUGUCCCAGUCCUAUUCCGGAGGAACCGGAUGUCAAUGUUGAUAUGACUGAUGCCCCUGCACUCACCGGCACUGAACAUCCUGGCACUGCUACCGAUGCAGGCCCUGAGGUAUCUGUCGAUGAUUUUUCGAUGGAUCGAUGGAUCAAAGCCAUGGAUGAGACUACCCUGCCCCCAGCACCAUUGAUAGAGACACCGGAUGACAUCCAGUACUUGCUGGACUAUCCUCAUACUCGAAGACCCGCCUCUCCUGUCGACAUUUCUGUACCUCGUCAGACUCCCCAGCCCCGUUCUUUGACCAAUGUCGAGAUGGAUGCCCUCCUGGCACAAAUUCAGAUCGACAUGGAUCAGCUCUGGACACGUGACAACAUUAUUCAUGAUGAGCUGUCCCAUCGUAUCGACUGGCUGCAAGCCAGCUUUACAAAUGAAUUAGCCUCCCAGAAGGGAGUGGUAGAUACAUUGACUUUUCAGGUCAGCGGUAUUGCCCGGUACCUCAGCAACAGCCACAGGGCCACCACAGCAGCCGGUUCAACUCCACCAGCAUUCAAUCCGCCACCCAUUGUCAUCCCCGAUACCCCCACAUUCCCUGACUUUGGCUCAAUCAGCGCCUUGGGUUGUUCCAUCACCAACAAUGUCUUCACUCCGGAUGUGUUUUCAACCAACACGCGUCCUGUCGGAGAUGGCUCACCAGUCGCAAGGCAUGAGCAGGUACCUACACCCUCCACCUCUACCAUCAACCCUGUCCCCACCAUGGGGGAAUCCGGUCCACACAGUCAUCCGGUUAGUGCACUUCCGGUACCGGCCCCUACUGUCCCAAUGGCAUCUAUGCCCUCCACUAGUACCCUUCGCACCAUGCUCACCAGGCCACCACAUCUGCCGGCAGAUGGUCAGUCCCUUUCGGCUCCUUUGCCGAACCGGGCAUUUGCACCUCAAUCACAGCAACAAGGUCAGUUGGGCCAAGUAAUGCCAGUACAUGUAGUUUGUUUUGUCAAUAAGGACAAUCUAAUGCCAAGUAUACCGGCCAAUGGGCUUGUGAAAUGA